AUGGUUCGGAAUAAAUAUACCCUCACAGCGGCUGGCAAAUCGCCGAGUAAAAGAUCGCGCACCAGCAGCAUCAGCAAACAGCACGACCACGCCUGCGGCGACGACGGCGAAACCGGCACUCUGGACGGCAACGGUGGUACCGGCGGCAGCGGCACGGCGGUGGGCGAAGCCAGCGAUAACGGCGGAACCAAGCGAUGUGAUGCCGGCUCGGUUCACAAGCAGAAUCUUUACAUCAUUUCGUUUCCAGUCAUUUUUGUGUUUAACGUUUUGCGUUCGCUGCUGUAUCAGCUGUUUGUGAUCUUUCGCUACGUGUACAACUUCACCACGAAGGUAGUGUACAAGCCGGUGCGCAAGGAGUGCGGGCUCGAAGUAGUUAUCAACACCGACGGUAGCCACCACCACCAUCGCCACCAUCACCAUCACCAUAGUAACAGUCACCCGCCACAGCAGCAGCAGCAACAGCAGCAGCAAUACAGCUUAUUGCAGCAGCAGCACCAACCAGGCGCACCAUCACAGCAACCACAGCAGCAGCAGCAACCGGAAGAUCCUCAGCAUCAGCAGCACGCGCAUCCCUUGCAGUGUUCGCACAGUGGAGUGCUGGUGAGUGGCGAGGGCCGCGAAAUGUCCAUCCAGCGGUCGUCCAGUGGUAGCCAGGUGGGUCCCGGCGAUCCGCUGCUGGCCAAACAGAAGCACCAUCAUCGGCGCGCCUUCGAGUACAUCUCGAAAGCGCUCAAAAUCGACGAAGAUAACGAAGAUCAGAAAGAGAUCGCCAUCGAGCUGUACCGGAAAGGCAUCCUGGAGCUGGAGCGUGGCAUCGCCGUCGAAUGCUGGGGCGGCCGGGGCGAGGUGUGGGAGCGCGCCCAACGGUUGCACGAUAAAAUGCAGACCAACCUAUCGAUGGCACGUGACCGGCUGCACUUCCUCGCAUCCGGCCGGAAAUUAACCGUCGGCUACAAGCGCCCCGGCAACCUGGGCGUGAUGAACAAAUCGCAAACCCUGCCCCGAAGCAUGGGCGUCGGGGCCGGGACGACCACCGGUGGCAUGCCAAAAAUUGUGCCAAAACCGGCCGCAACACCACCCGCCAUUCGGCGCCAAUUUUCGGUGAGUAAAGGUGGCCCGGCACCAGUACGGUCGAAAACACCGCUCGGUGGCAACCAGCCGCAGCCGCAAGCAGCAGCGCAGACACCGCAGCCGACGAUCACGGUGAAGGGCGUAGAACCGAAGCUGGUGCAGAUCAUCAUGGACGAGAUCGUGGAGGGCGGCGCGAAGGUGAACUGGCAGGACAUUGCCGGCCAGGAGGUCGCCAAGCAGGCGCUCCAGGAGAUGGUCAUACUGCCGUCGGUGCGGCCCGAAUUGUUUACCGGUCUGCGGACACCCGCCAAGGGGCUGCUCCUGUUCGGUCCGCCCGGCAACGGGAAAACGUUGCUCGCGCGAGCCGUCGCUACCGAGUGUUCGGCCACCUUCUUCAGCAUAUCGGCCGCCACGCUGACGAGCAAGUACGUGGGCGAGGGUGAAAAGCUGGUGCGGGCCCUGUUUGCGGUGGCCCGCGAGCUCCAACCGUCGAUCAUCUUCAUCGACGAGGUCGACUCGGUCCUGUCGGAGCGCAGCAGCAACGAGCACGAGGCCACGCGGCGCCUGAAGACCGAGUUUCUGGUACAGUUCGACGGGCUACCGGCCAGCUCCGAGACAGACCGGAUUGUCGUGAUGGCGGCCACCAAUCGGCCCCAGGAGCUCGAUGAGGCCGCACUAAGGCGUUUCCCGAAGCGGGUCUACGUCACACUGCCUGACCGCGAUACGCGCGAGCUGCUGUUGCGCCGGUUGCUACAGAAACAGGGCAGUCCGCUGAGCAAUGCCGAUCUAAAGCGGCUCGCACUACUCACCGAGGGCUACUCGGGCUCGGAUCUGACGGCUUUGGCACGCGAUGCCGCACUGGAACCGAUCCGCGAGCUCAACGUAGAAGAGGUGAAAAACAUGGACCCGACCAAGCUGCGCAGCAUCCGGGAGAGUGAUUUCCACAACUCGCUCAAGCGCAUCCGGCGCUCGGUGGCACCGCACAGUUUGGCAGCGUACGAGAAGUGGCUGCAGGACUUCGGGGACGUUACGCUGUAAUCAUCAAUGGGGUUGGCCGGCCGGAAGUGAUAAUUCCUCCCUAGUCGUAGCUGAGGUCGACGCACAACAAUCAUCAUUACUCGCUUCGCUUUCGCGACCGGCUACUCGCGCCGUUCUAUUUUUGUUGAUCGUUGAUUUUUCGCUUUGUGCCGCGGGGGCCCGUGUGUGUGUCCAAUCCGUUGCCCUUGCCUCGCAGGACGAGUUUCAGAAGAGACGCGACCGUACGCCGUCUAGCGCUGUCCACAAUUUAUACCUCAACGACACGAACGGGCGAGCUGUGUAGCGGAUCGGAACGCGAUCCUUUCUUCUCCUUAUGUUGACGUGUAAGAAGCGAUAAGCGGUAAACGUACGAUGCGAUCAACUUCUACUAAGUUUAG